ACCUUCCAGACGCGGAAGCGAGUUCCAGCUGUCAAACAGAUUUUGUUAAAUCACUUUAACAUUAAUCUCUCGGUUGAAAGGGAAAUAACGGUUGACGUUACUUCAGAAUGGAUUCUCCACGCUGGUUGCCUCUGGAGUCGAAUCCAGAAGUCAUGACAAAAUUUGUCAAUUGUUUGGGUAUGAGGCCAACCUGGCAAUUUGGAGAUGUAUACGGAUUGGAUCCAGAGCUUCUGAGCAUGGUACCAAGACCAGUGUGUGCAGUGCUGCUUCUGUUCCCAGUUACAGAGAAGUAUGAGACAUUCAAGCAAGAAGAGGAAGAGAAACUCAAGAAUCAGCGUCAGGAUGUCUCUCCCAACGUCUACUUCAUUAAGCAAACUAUUGGAAACGCCUGUGGAACAAUAGGAUUAAUUCACGCAGUGGCAAACAACAAGGCACACCUGGAAUUUGAGCCGGAUUCUCCUCUUAAGAAGUUUAUUGAACAAACCUCUCAAAUGACACCAGAAGAGAGGGCCACCUUCCUGGAAAAAGACGAGAGUAUACGUGUUACACAUGAAUCCAGUGCACAGGAGGGACAGACUGAGGCACCAAGUUUAGAUGAGAAAGUGAAUCUGCAUUUUAUAGCUUUUGUGAAUGUCGGAGGAAAGUUAUAUGAACUGGAUGGCCGGAAGCCUUUCCCUAUUGUCCACGGAGAAACAUCAGAAGAUACUAUACUCGAGGAUGCUGUAGAGGUUUGUAAGAUCUUCAUGGCUCGCGACCCUCAGGAGGUUCGAUUCACCAUCAUUGCCCUCUCUAAAGAGUCAUACUGAGGAAACUUCCUUGUGACCCCACAUAACAAAGAAAACAUUACUGCCAAACAUUCUCAAGUGCUGACAUGCUUGGAAAAUUAGAAAUCCUUUUUUUUUUUUCAAAAAAUAUUUUAAUAAGUAAUGUUGAGGGAAAUGAUAUCUAAGUAAUGGUCCAUUUUUGUCAUAUUUCAAUUGCUACAUGUUGGGUGAAAUUUUAAGAGUAUUAGAGUGCUGCUGUGCAACUAACAGUAUUUCUUGUUAAGAUCAAAAUCUUCCACUUCCCCAAUGCUGAAACAUCUCUGCACACUGCACUGCACUAAAGUUUGUUGACAUGGCAUGUUUGGCUUUCAUUUAAGAAAGAAGUUCAACAAGUUUUCCAUGUCACUGAGGGAGCGCAAAUUCUUUUUUACUCUGGGUUCAGUGAUGCAUACUGUGUGUAUCUGCUUUUGAUCAUAUAUCUGACCACAUGGUCAAAACCAGCUGAAGAAACGUGUUUUGCAAGGCUUUAAUUUCAAUCAUAGCGUUGAAAAAAACAGAUGGGCUAAAGCUGUUGUAUGCGAUAAUGAUGUUGUGAAAAGCUUAUCAAAAAAAAGCAGACUGUACAUCCAUGUGGAAGGUGCCUACAUUUUUGUAAUUCUGUCAAAUAAAAGGCAAAUUUAUUAAAGAC